AUGCCCCCAAGACAUUGCCUGGGCCAAUUGCCCCUGCGGCCCGCCGCUCUCCCCUCACCAUGUCUCGCCCGACCCCGGUUCCUGCCCAGCGCGACGCCGAUCGUGUCUUUCUCGACGUCCGCCGCGAAGCUCAAGAAUCCAAACCAGAAGAAGGGCAACUCCUCGGCCGGCCCGCCAAAGAAGGGUGUCAAGGGGCUGCGGAUCAAGAAGAGCUCUUCGUCCAGGGAUACGGGCAAGCGGCCAGCUCCCGGCGAGCGGAAGGCACUGCGCAAGCGCAUCGUCCUGAGCAACACCAACGCGCUUGAGGUUCGUGGCCUCCCGGAUCUCCAGGCCGAAGAUGUGGGAGACGCUGCCAUCCAAGGAAAGGUUGUCGGCAUACCAAUGGACCCUGUGGUCGACCAGCUGCGCGCUGUGGACGCCUUCAAGCCCAACCAAAGUUGGGGUCUCUUCAGACGGCCUGCCAUGCUCGCAAGGCGAGAGACUGUCGAGCUGGGCAGGUUGAUCAGCGCCGUCGAGGCUGCGUCUGGCAACAAAACCGCUGGCCCGCCUCUUGAUGCCACUACGGCCGACUCGCCGCCCACUUCGGCCGUCAGAAAGAUCGUCUAUGGCGACAGGGCUAGCGGCAAGACCACCCUGCUGCUGCAGGCCAUGAGCAUGGCUUUCCUCAAGGGCUGGGUCGUCAUCAACUUCCCCGAUGCAAUGGAAUUGACCAUCGGCCAUACUGCCUAUGCUGCUCUCGACGGAGAGACCCCCCCGCAAUACACCCAGAAGAAUUACACUGCUUCUCUGCUCGCCCAGGUUGCCAAGGCCAACGAAAAGGUCUUGGGGAGCCUCAAGCUCGCGCACGAACACACGCUCCCGGUAGCGCUCAAGGGAGACAGGCUCCUGGAUCUGGCGCAAUUGGGUGCCCGGGACGCGGACGUCGCUUGGCCCGUCCUCCGGGCGUUUUGGAAGGAGCUCACGACGCUCAGCAACAAGGAAAAGGCCGCCGAAGGACUGACCCGUCCGCCCGUCAUGGUGUGCAUGGACAACCUUUCGUUCAUCAUGAACAACAGCGAAUACAUCGACCGUGAGGCCAAGCCGAUACACGCACACGACCUCGUCCUCGUCCGCCAUUUCGUCAACCUGCUCAACGGUACGGCAAAGCUCCCGAACGGUGGGAUCGUGCUCGCCGCUACGUCGGGCAGCAACUCGCCCAAGUCCAACGCCCUGGAUUUCGCCAUCGAGAGGAUCGAAGCGAAACAAAAUGGAGCCACCGGUCUGCCUUUGUGGAACCCGUACAAAAAGAUCGAUGAGCGUAGUCUCAAGGCCUUGUCCAACGUGGAGAUCCUGAAGGUGAAGGGUUUGACGCGGGAAGAGGCGAGAGCGAUCAUUGAGUACUACGCUCAGAGUGGCAUGAUGAGACGGACGGUGGACGAGAACUUGGUGAGCGAGAAGUGGACCGUGUCGGGUGGCGGCAUCAUCGGCGAGCUUGAGAGGGCGACGGUCAAGUACAGAAUAUAA